AGUCACCACCGCUCUCCGAUCAUACAAUGGCACGGCUCCGAUUCAUCUUGGUUACGUACCCAGCUCAGGGCCACAUAAACCCAACUCUCCAAUUCGCCAAGCGUCUAGCCGCCGCCACCGACGGCGGCGCCGACAUCACCUUCACCAUCCCACUCUUUGCCUACCGCCGCAUGUCAAAGGGACUCGACUCGAAAACAAUAGAAACUUCGAACGGGUCGGUCAUAUCCUUCGCCGCAUUCUCCAUUGACGGCUACGAUGAUGGUUACGACUCUCGAGUAGGUGAUCACCAACACUACCAUUCGGAGACCAGUCGUUGUGGAACACAAGCCAUAACCGAUCUCGUCGUUUCCGCCAGAGACGACGGUCGUCCGUACAGUUUCUUGGUCUGCACGCUUCUCCUCCCGUGGGCAGGUUUCGCCGCCGACAAACUCGGUCUCCCGUCGGCGAUGCUGUGGAUUCAGCCGGCGACGGUUUUUGCUAUAUACUAUCACUACUUCUAUGGUUACGGUGAUAUGAUCAGAGAAGUGUUUGACAAAAAGGAGUAUCGUUUGAAAACGACAGUGCCUGGAUUGUCGUUAGAGCUGACUCAACGGGAUUUACCGUCGUUUAUGGAUCAUGAAGAUACGUACCACGAGGCUAUGAAGAUCUUUGAAGAACAGUUUGAGAUGAUUCGAGCGAGAAAUGAGAAGAGAAUACUUGUCAACACUUUUGAUGAGUUGGAGACUGAGGCGUUGGGAGCUGUUAGCGGUAUGAGUUUGAUCGGAAUCGGACCGUUGAUUCCGUCGGCUUUUCUGGACGAGAAAGACCCUUCUGAUAAGUCGUUCGGUGGAGAUCUUUUCGAGAGAUCAAAGGGCAAGUACAUGGAAUGGCUAAACUCGAAGCCUGAAACGACAGUGGUUUAUGUGUCGUUUGGGAGUCUACUGGAUUUGCCAAAGCAACAAAUGGAAGAAAUAGCUAAAGGGUUGCUGGAUUUCGGCAGUCCGUUCUUGUGGGUCAUCAGAAAAAAGACUCAGAACGACGAAAAAGGUGGUGGUGGUGAUGGUGAUGAUGGUGAACUGAGUUGCAGAGAAGAGUUGGAUAAGCUUGGAUUGAUAGUGCCAUGGUGUUCUCAAGUGGAGGUUUUGUGUAACGAGUCAGUUGGGUGUUUCGUGAGUCACUGUGGCUGGAACUCGACGCUGGAGAGCAUGGCUUCGGGGGUUCCGGUGGUGGCGAUUCCGAGGUGGUCGGAUCAAGGGACGAACGCUAAGCUGAUCGAGGAUGUGUGGAAAACAGGUGUGAGAGUUAAGCCCAACGAGGAUGGAAUUGUUGCGAGUGAAGAGAUUAGGAGGUGUUUGGAGUUGGUCAUGGGAGGAAAGGAAAAUGAGAAGGAAAGUGGGAAGGAAAAUAGGGUGGAAAUGAGAAGAAAUGCAAAGAAAUGGAAGGAUUUGGCUAAGGAGGCUACUAAAGAAGAUGGAUCUUCGGAUCAAAAUCUCAAGUCCUUUGUUUCGAAAAUGAUUCGUGAAACUACAGUUUGCAACGAUUCUAUUGCUUUUUAAAUUUAAUUCAUUUUGAUUUUUUUUUUUUUGUGUUCUUUUGAAUCCUAAAAAAUAAAAUAGCUUACGGAAACUUGCCAACUUUAUAUAUGUUUUGUCCAGUUUAAUUAAUCCAAAUUUAUCUAA